AUGCAUGGGCUCAUAUUGCUUCUCGCAGUCAUAACAACUUCUGCUCUAGUUACAAUGAAAAUUGAAAUGCAUGAUCCGAAUGGAGCAUGUAAGAAAUAUGUCGAGAAAGGAUUGGACUAUCUAGAAAUCAAGUACGCUCGCAUUCUGAUGUUUGAAAAUGCUGAUAAAAAACAGCUAUCGAGACCGGCAAGAAUACCUAAGAAUACCAUAGGUCAUUCAAUCUCUCUCGCAGUGGCUCCGAAGAAACAAAUGAUGUUGGGACCAAUUGAUUAUCGUUAUCAAGAAGAAUCGAUGAAACUUGUGGAAAACGGAUUUCUGGAUGUUGAUGCACUGAAUUCCCAAAGUUUCCAACCCAAUCAACACAUUUCGGUGAAAAACAUCACAAUUUAUGAUCUCAAAGGACCUGGAUGGAUUCUCGAUCACGAUUUCGAUAGUUGUCAAGGGUUCUGGCCGAGACGAUUGAUUGGAGAUCAUGGAGUUUAUAUGUCAGUUCAGUCUAAAUCGCUCGGAUAUGGCUGGCUACGAAUGUAUUUCGAUCCAUCUGGUAUCGGUGAAGAAAUGGUGUGGAUCGUUUAG